CUCAAAAUAGAGAAAGAAGAUUUUCAGAGAUUGACUUUUUGUUCUUGAGGAAGACCAAAGACACAGAGAACACGACGAGAGAGGAGGGAGGGGGCUCGACUAUGAAGCUCUGGAAACGAGCUGCUGCUGCGAUAAAAGACCAGAAAAGCUUACUAGCCGUUGGAUUCUCCCGGCGAACUUCAUACCGGAACACGGAUCUCGAAGCAGCCAUCAUCAAAGCCACCUCCCACGACGACUCCUCCGUCGACUAUUCGAACGCUCAGCGCGUCUACAAAUGGAUCAAAGCUUCUCCUCUCAACCUCAAAACUCUCAUCCACUCAUUAUCCACCCGCGUCAACCACACCCGAAGCUGGAUCGUCGCGCUCAAAUCCCUGAUGCUUCUCCACGGUGUGCUCUUGUGCAAAGUCUCUUCCGUCGUCGGAGAGAUUCGACGUCUUCCUUUCGAUCUCUCCGAUUUUUCGGACGGACAUUCGGCUCUCAGCAAAACAUGGGGGUUCAACAUCUUUGUUCGAGCUUACUUUGCUUUCCUUGACAACUACUCUUCCUUCACAUCUGAUCAAAUUCAUCGUAACCGCGCGAAUCUACAAUCGGAUAAAGUCGAUUCGGUGAAGCAGCAGCUCGAUAGGAUCCAGAGACUUCAGUCUCUUCUCGAUUUGAUUCUUCAGAUACGUCCCAUUGCUGAUAACAUGAAGAGAGCGUUGAUCCUAGAAGCAAUGGACUGCAUUGUCCUCGAGAGCAUCAAUAUCUACGGUCGAAUAUGCAGCGGAAUCAUCAAAAUCCUCCCGACCGCCGGCAAAACAGACGCCGCCACGACUUUAAAGAUCGUCAAGAAGGCGACGUCUCAAGGAGAAGAUCUCGCUUUGUACUUUGAAUUCUGCGGAGGCUUUGGCGUCCCGAAUGCGCGGGUUACGCCUCAGUUCGUUAGUAUACCAACGGCUGAAGUAGAAGCGAUGGAGAAAAUGGUCAAGAAGAGCGUCGAAAAGGAUGAACAAGAGCAAGAAGAAGUAGUGGAGGAGGAAGAGAAAGCUAUUGUACUGUUGGAGAAACCGAGAUUGCAGACGAUCAUAACCGACGAAUGGGAGAUUUUCGAAGACGAUGAGCAUUGUUUUAAUGAAAAAGUCAUUCAAGAAUAUCAUCAAGAUCCCCUGCCUCUUGUAGUAUGGAACCAACCAGUUGUUUACACAAUGCCAGAUUUGAUUACGUUCUAGAGAACGUUUUCAGUAAAUCUGGAUGAGAUUUGAUUCUUUUUUUCACCUGGUUCUGGUUCUGUACAUAAUACAAUUUUUUUACCAGUAAAAAAAUUCAAGAAAAGAGGUACAUUUUGAGAUACA